GGGCUGGGCUUGUCUUAAGUUUUCCUUUCUUUCUUUCCUUAUUUCUAAGGAACCUAUAUAUGCCAUGGCUACCGUACUAAAGAGAGCAAUUGGCACCAUCAUAUCUGCCAUUAAAUACUGUUGCUUUCACUAUCGAGACACCCACAAAAUCAAGACCUUCAACAACUACAACUACAACAUCAACAUGCCUAAGGGUCGACCCCUUUCUUUGCAGACCGUGGAGCUCAAAGUAAGGAUGUGCUGUACGGGCUGCGAAAGAGUAGUAAAAAAUGCCAUUCACAAACUUAGAGGGAUUGAUUCAGUGGAGGUGAACCUAGAGAUGGAAAAGGUAACCGUAGUUGGGUACGUUGAUCGGAACAAGGUGCUGAAGGCAGUGAGGAGGGCUGGAAAGAGGGCUGAAUUCUGGCCUUACCCUGAAAUACCUUUGUACUUCACGUCCACCAAUAACUAUUUCAAAGACACAACUCAUGAGUUCAAAGAGAGUUACAACUAUUACAGGCAUGGCUACAAUAUUGGGGACAGGCAUGGCAACAUUCCCAUAAGUCAUCGAGGAGAUGACAAGGUCAGCAACAUGUUUAACGAUGAUAACGUCAAUGCGUGCUGCCUCAUGUAAUUGAAAUAUAUAUGAAGCAUGCAUAUGUAUCAAUGUACUAUCACCAUCAUCAUAAUGUGUAAUAUUUAUGUAUCAUAUUUUAUAA